AUGACAAAAUUAUAUAGCGUAUUUUACAGAGAACAUCAGUGCGAUAAUAAUGCAGAAAAUUUAAAAUCUGUCGUCGAAGAGAUCGUCGAAGAAAUCAUUGAACGCUCGAAUUGUAUCGUUUUUGUUACCGAUUCUGUUUACCAGACACUGGUGAAUAUUAAGUAUAUCAAAGGAUUGUCAACCGUAUCGAAAUACGAGAUUUUAUUGCGGGACAACGAACAAUUUUCUCGACCAAGAAAACGAAUUGAAAAGAUUCUGGCUGAUAGCAAAGCUGUUGGUUGCAAUGCUUACGUUAUACUAAUCGCAAAUGGAUAUUUAACAUCGGAAUUUUUGCAAUAUACAGAAAGAAAACGAUUAAUCAACACUCGUGGAUUGUUCCUGCUCUUACACGAUCACCGUCUAUUUCAGCCAAAUUUACAUUAUCUUUGGAAUAGAAUAAUAAAUGUUGUUUUUAUACGUCGAUACAAUGCAUACAAACAUCGUUCCGGUGAGAAAAGUUUCAAAGAAAGAAUCGAUUUGGACACCAUAUACUUUCCUCCUCGUAAAGAAAAGUUUACUAAAACCAAAUGCAUAGAUACUUGGUACAAAGGCAAAUUGCGUUAUGGCAGCAAUCAUUUUACAGAAAAAACUACCAAUUUACAAAAAAGACAUCUAAGAAUUGCUGUUUUUGAACAUAUUCCAGCUGUAACUGAGAAAUCAAGAUCUUAUUAUAAUAAACGACCAAACAAUAGUUUAGAAGCUUUAGGGAUAGAAUUUGAAUUAAUACAGAUCAUAUCAAAAGCAAUGAACUUCAAACCAAAAUAUUAUAUGCCAUACAAUAUUGUUUCUGAGAAAUGGGGUAUUGAAGGAGAGAACCAAACUUACACAGGUCUUGUAAACGAAGCUGUGCGAGGGAAAGCUGCAUUUUAUUUGGGUGACUUGCACUACACGUUGCGUCAUUUAAAUUAUUUUGAUCUGACUAUUCCUUACAAUACAGAAUGUCUCACCUUUCUGACACCAGAAUCUUUGACCGAAAAUUCAUGGAAGCUUUUAAUACUUCCAUUCAAAUUAUAUACCUGGAUCGCGCUUCUUCUUACUUUAAUUUUAGGCGGUGCAGCAUUUUAUUUUUUAUCAUUGUCCUAUCAAAGAUAUAUAAGCUUGUACAAAAGUCAAACGAAUGUUGAAAGCGUGUCUAUGAAAGAAGAAAUAAAGGGUUUAUAUUUAUUUACUGAAAUAGGAAACAGUAUAUUGUAUACUUAUAGCAUGUUGUUUCAAGUUUCGUUACCGAAUUUGCCGAGCCCUUGGGCUAUACGGUUAUUAAUCGGAUGGUGGUGGAUUUACAGUAUUUUAGUCGCGGUUGCUUACAAAGCUAGCAUGACCGCGACCCUUGCAAAUCCAGUUGCCAGAGUUACUAUCGAUACAUUGACACAAUUGGCUGAAAGUUCUAUAGAAGUUGGAGGAUGGAACGAAGAGGGUAAAGAUUUCUUUUUAAUGUCAUCAGAUCUUAGUAGUCAAGAAGUUGGCAAUAAGUUUCAACUGAUUGAACACGAGGAAGAAGCUAUAGAGAAAGUGACAAAUGGAUCUUUUGGUUACUAUGAAAAUUCUUAUCUACUCAGACAUGCCCGCGUGAAAAGACAGAUACUUGAAAGACAAGAAAAAGAAAAUAAGACUGUUAAGGAUACAUCUUUUAAACAUAAUUUGCAUAUCAUGGAAGAAUGUGUUAUAAAUGUGCCUAUUGCUCUUGGCAUGGAGAAGAAUUCACCAUUAAAACCACACGUUGACAUUUUGAUAAGACGUAUAAUAGAAAUUGGAUUAGUUCAGAAAUGGUUAAGCGAUGUUAUGGAAUGGUCAAAAAUUAUGGAAAUUCGACAGGAAACAGAGUCUGAAAAAGCAUUGGUGAAUCUUCAUAAACUACAAGGUGCAUUUAUUGCUAUUGUAAUUGGUUAUUUCCUAGCUUUUAUCAUUUUAAUGGGAGAAAUUUUUUAUUGGAAACGCAUAGUGGUAAAGGAUCCAAAGUUUGACAAAUACCAUUUAGAUAUAUUCUACAGUAGUUCUGGUAAUCGAAAAAUACAAAUUAAUAAUUUAAAUGAAUAGAUGAAUUUAAAAAGAAUAACACUUUAGUAAUAACAAUGUAUUAUGUAUUUAUUAAAAUAAACACUUCA